AUGGACCCGAGAUUCCAGGCGCGUGUGCACGAAGUGCGUUCGGGUUCGGAAGACCCGCACUAUCUUAAGAACCCGAAGCGCGUAACUGACGAGGAAUUUGAGGACUACAGUGAUGUUGAGGAAUCCGAUGAGGAAAACGAGACGCUUGAAGACGAGGAUGCGGCGCCGACUCUAGACGACUCGACCGACGCCAUCCUCCUGCACGGCAUUCUCGAAGUUACUGUUCACGAGGCGCGAAACAUCCCGACUAUGGAUAAGAUCGCGUACCACGUGGACAGGUGUUUCUUCCUCUGCACGCAGCCGUGCUCGUCGCGACCACAUCACCCAAUCGGCACGCGCAACGACCCCUAUGUCGCCAUUUACCUCGGCCUCGCCCGCGUAGCGCGCACAAGGGUGGUGCACAACAAGCGGCACCCCGUGUGGGAGGAGACUUUCCGCAUCCCCGUCGCGCACCACUGCUCCUCGCUCUCCUUCACGCUCAAGGACGACGACGCGGUGGGCGCGAAGCUGAUCGGCAAGGCAAUCGUGCCGGCCGCCACGCUCUGCGGGGACACCCCCGUCUCCGCGUGGUUCGACGUCGCCACGUCGGGGCGCGCGCAGCCCGCGCAUCCCGCGCAGAUCCGCCUCUCGCUCCGCCUCGCGCCCGUGGCGCAGGACCCCGCGUACGGGGCGGGCUGGGGGCGCGACUCGCGCGUGGAAGACGCGUAUUUCCCGCUGCGCCGCGGGUGCCGCGUGACGCUGUACCAUGACAGCCACGUGUCCUCGUCGUUCGCGGUGCGAGCGGCGCUGGAAGGAGGGAGGACGUACGAGGAGGGAUACUGCUGGGAGGAUAUCUGCAGGACUAUCCUGGACGCGCGCGAGGUGAUCUACAUAGGCGGCUGGUCCGUGAGCACCAAGAUUGCGCUCAUGCGCGACGCUACUCGCCCCAUGCCGGAGCACGGGGACAUGCCGCUGGGGGAGCUGCUCGUUAAGAAGGCCAAGCAGGGCGUGCGCGUGCUCGUGCUCAUCUGGGACGACCGCACCUCGCUCAACAACGCCGCUUUUAGGACGGCGGGCAUGAUGGGCACGCUGGACGAGGAGACCUACUCCUACUUCCGCCACACCAAGGUGGUGUGUUUCAAGAUGCCCCGCAUCCCUGACAAGCGCCUCUCCUGGGCCAGGAAACAGACCACCUUUCCCACUCCCCAUAGCACGCACCACCAGAAGCUUCCCUCACACACACCUUCCCUCUUUUCCCCUCCGUUCCCCUCCCCUCCACUCCCCGCUUCUCCCCUCCCCUCCCCUCCCCUCCCCUCCCCUCCCCUCCCCUCUCCUCCCCUCUCCUCCCCUCCCUUCCCCGCUCCUCCCCUCUCCUCCCCGCUCCUCCCCUCUCCUCCCCUCCCCUCCCCUCCCCGCUCCUCCCCUCUCCUCCCCUCCCCUCCCGUCCCCCUUCACAGCUCGUGGAGAGCAUACCUGUCGGUGGGGCGGUACGACACACAGGAGCACCCGCUGUUCCGCACUCUGCACGCCGAGCACCAGGGGGACUUCUACCAGCACAACGUCAAGCACCAAGGGGACUUCUACCAGCACAACGUCAAGACAAAACCCGACGUGGGACCCAGGCAGCCAUGGCACGACAUACAGUGCAAGGUGGAGGGCUCUAUUGUGUGGGACCUGCUGACCAACUUCGAGCAGCGCUGGCUGCGCGCCACCAAGGGCGCGCGCGCCUCCCCCAGGAAGCGCCUGCACCGCGGGGACAUCCGUGCGCUGCAUGGCAGUGCGGCUGUGCUGCAUAAGAGAGGGUAUAGGAUGGGGCGGCGGAGCGUGGUUGAUAGGGAGGAAGGGCGGGGGUAUUGGAGUAAGCGUGUGGUUGCGAAGAGGGGGGAGAGAGGGGAGGUGGGGAGGGAGGAGGGGAGGGGGAGUGAGAGGGAGGAGUCUCUGGUGGGCGACAAGGGAGUAACAGUGGAUCGCAGCAUUCAAGACGCAUACAUCGCGGCCAUCCGUCGCGCGCACCACUUCAUUCACAUCGAGAACCAGUACUUCCUGGGGUCCGCCUAUGCGUGGGCCUCGCACCAGGGCAGCGGCGCGUGGCACAGCAUCCCCAUGGAGAUCGCGCUCAAGAUCGCGAGGAAGAUCAAGAGCGGGGAGCGCUUCAGCGCGUAUGUGGUCGUUCCCAUGUGGCCCGAAGGGGAUCCCAAGGGUGCCGCCACGCAGGAGAUUCUCUCCUGGCAGUCGCGCACCAUGGAGGCAAUGUAUCGUGUGAUAGCCCGGGCUCUAGAUGAGGUGCAGGUGCAGGCAGAGGCGAGGGCAAGAGAGGCGGAGAGGGGGCAGGAGGCGACCGUUAUUGGCGAGGCAGGGGAAUGGGAGGGGCAGGGCAUGGCUGAGGUGAAUGCUGGUGGGAAGGGAGGGGAGGUGGGGCAGAAGGGAUGGGGGGGGAAGUUUAAGGAAACGGUGAAGGGGCUAGUAGGGCAGCUAGAACCGGAAGCAGAAGUGGCCUCACGACCAGCAGCAGCAGAAGCAGCAGCAGGGGAGGAUGCAGGAGCAGGAGGAGCAGCAUCAGCUCAUAGCCCCCAUCCCUGUGACUACCUCAGCUUCUUCUGCCUGGCCAACCGGGAGCUGCCACCUGGCGAUGCCGACACCACUGCUGCCCCUGCCCCUGCUGCUGAUGAUGGUGAUAAUACUGGUGGUAACCGCACCGAGGGUGGUAAACGCAACAGCAACGGUAACCAGCCGGCUUCUCCCCGUGCGUCUGAGCAGCAUCACAUGCCAGGUCUUCCCGGUGACUCUGUUCUCCGCUCAGUCCUGCAGCACCGGAGGGCCAUGAUCUACGUGCACUCCAAGAUGAUGGUGGUGGACGAUGAGUAUGUGGUGGUGGGGUCUGCGAACAUCAACCAGCGCUCCAUGGACGGGGCGAGAGACACCGAGAUGGCUGUGGGGGCGUACCAGCCGCACCACACGUGGCGCGAGCGCGGGCAUGCACCUAAAGGGCAGGUGCAUGGCUUCCGCAUGGGUUUAUGGGCGGAGCAUCUUGGAUCCCUCUCCCCCAUCCACGACCACCCAUGGACUUUGGAUUGCAUGCGAGCCGUCAACCAAUCAGCGCAGGACAGGUGGAUGCAGUGGGCUGGAGAGGCGCCGGUGGAGUUGCAGGGGCAUUUGGUCAAGUACCCAAUUCAAGUGGGGCGAGAUGGGAGUGUGCGACCUUUGCCUGGGCCGGAUCUUAAUCCUUUUCACGAAUCGCGCUUGCUUUUCGUCAUGGCUGCGUCGCGACCCGCUCUGUCGCCUCUCCUCGCCUUUUCGCGAAGGAUCCUCGCGACUUCUCCCGCCGCACCGAUCCUCCCUCUUGGCACCCUGAUCGGCGCGCGCUGGCUGCAGACGGGGUCAGCGCCGUCACAUGCGGCGGGGUCGGCGCCUGGAAGCGGCGGCGCGACUCCUCCCAGCGAGGAGGGCGGCGAGACGCACGACGACUUCAAACCGCAGAUCAAGGCGGCCGAGGGGGUGCUGCCGGUGUACGCGCAGAUUAAGGAGGACAUCAAGUCAUGCCCGGUGGUGGUGUUCAUGAAGGGCCUGCCAUCCGCGCCCAUGUGCGGCUUCAGUGCUGCUGUCGUGCGUGUGCUUGCUGCUCAUGGUGUGGACUUCAAGGGAGUGAACGUUCUGGAGGAUCCAGACCUCAGAGAAGGAAUCAAAUCUUUCAGUGAAUGGCCUACUAUCCCUCAGGUCUAUGUAAACGGGGAGUUUAUUGGUGGCUGCGAUAUUGUAAUGAAGAUGCACCAGUCUGGCGAGCUUGCCGAUUUGCUGAAAUCGCUGCAUUCUUAUCAGGCUUCCUCUUGGCUUGGUCGUUCAAAGAGUUUGUGA